AAAUUUGAAAUUAUUGAGGAAUUGCUAAAGAUUCCUUUAUAAUAAAAAAGCUGGGAAAUUGAUUAGAAACAUUUACUAGACAAAGACUGGAUUACAAAUGUGAUGAAAACACUGAAACCAAAUCAUGAAUUUUUCUAAAAAUACAAAUAAAGUACAAAAUAUGACAUGAAAACCUUUACUCAAGAAUAAAUUAAGUAAUAUUUUUCAAAUCAUACCUUUAGUAAAAUUAAAGAAUUAGACAUGUCGAUGGGAAAAAAAACAAAUGUAAAGAGAUUCUUCGGUGUGUCUAAAGAGAAAUAAUUAGAAGCAGAAAAUCAAAAAUGAUCUUUAAAAAAAAAAGCCUUAGAAGGGAAAAUGGGUAGGGAAAUUAAAAUUAUUGACGAUUAUGAGAAGGAUAUAAAGCAUAUUGAAAACAAAAUUAAAGAGAUAGAUGGUCC